CUGUGCACUGUGAUAUUGAAAACACAAAUUUUUGCCAUGCACUUAUGAUAUCUUGCAGCUUAAAUGCUUGCAAGCGAAGAGCUAGAAAUUAUUCAAAUCUUCUACAGUAACUGCUUCUAAAAAUGCAAUUGAGUCAACUUAAAAUAAGACAGAAAUGAAUAUAAAUCAUGUCUGAAAUGAUCACAAAACAUCACAGACAUUCAAGCACUAUACAGUAAUAUCUCUUUAUAAACUCUUUAUCAAUCCUAUGAUAGGUGUGGAUGUUGGUUUCAGUGUGUGCCUGCAUGUGUUAAGUGGCUUAGCGUCAUCUGGUCAUUUCAUGGAUGAGUGACUGUGCAUACAAGACCCUUUACCCGGUAAACCAUAGUUCUUCCAAACAAUACAAGGAAACUGUUGGAAGACUCAAUGCUUUACUUAGUGCUUUGAAAUAACAUUAGCAAAAAGUCUCAACAUCUCCAGGUCUCAGUAAAUAAUAGUUACUCUCUCCUAAACAAAUCACUGAGGGUUUAGUAUCAUCUGUCUUCCACCAAUGACUGAUUUUAUGAUAGCAAUUACUCCCCCAUACAACAGAAAAAAAACUUGUUUACCCUUGGUAACCAAUAAUGAUCCUGUACAACAAAUCAGUCUUUAGGGCACUUAUGUAACAUUCCCUGUUAACCCAAAUACAACCAAUCUGCCAAUCAAUACCAUAAACGUGGAAAACAAGAAGUUCAGAGGUUUCCUGGUAACGCAUUAAAAGAGAGCCCCGCCUACUACUAUCAUCUUUCUUUACAACAAUAAUCAUAUUUGAGAAAAGGCUUAGGAGAAAUGUGGUCGCCAAUAUAGAGCUUUGAAAUCCAGGAUAUCUUUGAACAAAGUCUUGGAACAGUCAAACAGAAGAACUGAAAUGCAUGGGAAAAGUAUUGAAAUUGUGUGUUGGUGAAUGGACUUUUUUGUGGCAGGUUGAGGGAAUCAUAUCUUCAGGGUUGCCUGGUUUUAAUACUGUAGGUCAAUACAAGUAAACAUGAUCAUCAAAGAUUCUGGACAUCUAUACGAGCGAUUUAUCUCACAACAAUGAAGGAUUCAACCGGCUCUCCAUAAACUGCAAUAAUCUGCCUCCAAUGCUGCUUGGUCACGUGAGAAAGUAAUAAACUUUCAGAAGAGCAAAUUGUUAGCCUGAAGCAGACGACGAUCAGUGAGCAAUAAAAUUAAUGAGUUUUACUCUUCAUGGUCAUCACUGUCAAAUGAUCCGUGAAUCUUCCACAUUACUUGGUGUAUAUUCAAAAAUCUAGCACAGGUACGUGACGCGUACUGAGGAGAAUGAAUAACAGCAAUCGAGAAAAUCUUCCAUGGCAAAUACGUCAGGUUCUGGUUCCUACUCUGGAUGCAAUGGUCAUGGUGAUCGGGUUGGUGGGCCACUUGCUGGUCAUCUACAUCUUGACCGGAUACAGGAAAAAGAACGGAUCCCUGUUAUUUCAAGGAACAGAUACAUUACUUUUGGCCUUGAGCGCCUCGGAUCUACUGCUCAUCCUCUGCCUGCCCUUCCACACCGCUGCUAUUGCAUUAGGCUACUGGCCCUUCAGCAGGCUCCUUUGCAAAACCAUCAGCUUCCUGGGCGUGGCAUGCAGCUCGGCGAGCGUACUGACCCUAGCCGCAUUAGCGGUAUCACGUUACCUCAUUGUGGUGCACUCCACCUGGUCAUUUCGUUUAAGAAUGGAACGCUGGAUGCGGUUUUCCGCCAUUUUAAUGUGGGUGCCGGCGAUCGCACUGGGUGCACCUCAGUUCGCUUUCCGCACUGUGAAAUCUACUCCAAUCCUCUGCUUCGCCUUUCUGUCGAACCUCAGCCAGGUGGUCUACAGCGCCAUAUUGUUCUUGGUCGGCUUUGCUCUGCCCUUGAUCAUCAUUGUCGUCAUGUACUGCAAACUUUACAGAUUCCUACGGAGGACGCGACUGCGAGGUGCAGCGCCACAGCUGGAACGCUACCAACGACAGGUCACCCAGACUUCGGCCCUGUUGGUGUUGGUUUUCACCCUUUGCUGGCUGCCAUCCUACAUCCUCAUGUUCCUGCUAGCUAGCGGUACACACAGCAAACAAGUGUACUUUGCCGUCAUCGCCCGCUUGCUGGCUAGCUCCUCGGUCAUAGCCAAUCCGGUGCUCUAUGCUUUCAUGUCCCACAAGUUUAGACAAAAAAUGUUAGCAUUAGGGCGAAUGCAAUGCAGACCUUGCACGUGUGUUUCAGGAAGAACCAUAGUGCAGCCAUUUAACCCAGUGGAGGAGGAAACCCCUUCCUAACCCUAACCCGCUAUAAAUCAACAAAGUCAAUAAUGGGACUAAUAACAGACUGAGAUAAGACACAAAGGACAAGGCAUAUCUUUCAACCACAUUGAUUUGUUCUGCCAUAAAUAAAACGUAAAUUACCUGGCAACAGACAUAGGAUAUGAAAUAAUCUGGGUUAAUUUAUCUGAGAGAUGAUUUAUCAUUCUUCAAUGAUAGGCAAUGUACUUUUCUUGACCGAAAAUGUCUUGAUAGAUGUUUAAAAUAUGUAUUAUUGCAGUAUACCUCAUACUUUUUUAUUUAGUGUUUCUACUAAUUAAUAUGCAACAAAUGAAAACUGCCUGUAACAAUGAUGAUUAUCUAUUGGAAGGCUAACAUUAAAACUGAAUUGGCCAUAUGAGGCUAAUCCAUUGGCAUUGUGAAUCUCAU